AUGGCGGACAAAGCGGAGGUGGUCGUGACCGUCGUCUUCGGCAAGCAGUCGACGUCCUUGAGCGUCCCUACACAAAACCCACAGGCACUCGAACUGCUCAAGACACAUAUCUAUGAGAAUUUCCAACUGGCACCCGAAUUUCAGCGCUUAGUGUUGCGUGGGCGCGACGUCAAGAGCGGAACAACCUUCACUGAGGGCUGCAAACUGCUAUUGCUGCCUCCCGGAAUCGACGUGAGCGAACUGGAAGAUGACGCUCUACUGGUGCAGCUUUUCAGGGGUAAAGCUCGCUACGACCUCAUUUUCCCACGGUCUGGGACUAUUCUAGAGGUUAAAAAGAAGGUUAGCGCAGUGCUGGGACUCAGUUCUGCUCAGGCAUUGAGACUGGUAGUCAAGGGGAAGACUCCAAAAGAUGAUACAGUACUGCAGACAUUAUCGACCAAUAAGAAGGUGAUCAAGGCUAUGGCACUGCUGCAAGAACAGCAGCAUGUGGUGCAAGAGAAGGAAGAAGAUCUUAGAGAAUUACUAAAUGAACUUGCCAGUGCACAAGCAGCUCUACAGCGAGUACAGAGGCAGAUGGCACGCAACUUCACGUCGCGGGACGAGAGCUUGUUCGAGCUGUCGAGGCUGCUGGAUGAAGGACAACGAAUCGCGGACAACUUGGAGCUGAUAAAACAUCAAUUAGGAGAAGCGAAGACGUCUGGACCCCGUGCCAGUGAACAAACUUUGGCCGCUGUAGUGCAAGCGAUUCACGAAGCCAACUCACUGACUGAAGUAGCUCAGAUCUUGUUAGAAGAAACCCAUUCGUCCUAUUGA